GCGUGUACACGCGCUUUUGCCUCUCAGUCUCAGCGCGCGACAUAUGGGCACGCGAAUCUAAACCGCAACAAUAUCAAUACAGUCCAAGCGUCGGGGAUUCUCGUAAACAAUCGCGUCCCGUCCAGAAAACUUCGCGGAAACUUCUCGGGCAUCAUUUUACGGAUUACGGAGUCUUCGUUUCAAGCACGGAAGGCAAAAACAAACAGUAAACACACUGUGUGUUCAUAAAGGGAGUGCAAUGUUUCCGACCAAGGCUAUAAUCUUGGUGCUUCUUUUCUUUGACAACGCAGUUUCUCUGCAGGUCGAUAUUACACCUGCGCACGGCGAGAUCAGCGUCGGAGAGUCUCGCUUCUUUUUGUGUGAAGUUAUUGGUGGGGCCAAGGAAAUCGAUUGGUUUGCUCCAGCUGGAGAGAAAAUUGAGCCUGGUCGACUGGACAUCAGUGUGACUCGCAACGACGAGACGUCCUCCACUCUCACCAUCUACAACGCAAAGGUCGACAAUGCUGGAACAUACAGAUGUGUGGCCAGCAGCGGAGAUCAGGACGCAGAAGCCACUGUCAAUCUGAAGAUAUACCAAAAAAUCACCUUCACAAAUGUCCCAUCGCCUCAAGAGUUCACCGAAGGGGACAACGCCAUUAUCGUGUGUGACGUCAUAAGCUCACCUCCACCCACUGUCCUCUGGAAAUAUAAAGGUGCUAAGAUCCAGUUUGAUAAAGAUGUUCGUUUCAAGACUUUGAGUAACAACCAUCUCCAAAUCCGAGGGAUCAGGAAGACUGACGAGGGAGUGUACACUUGUGAGGGUCGUAUUAAAGCCCGUGGAGAGGUUGACUUCCGCAGCAUUAAAGUGGUUGUGAACGUUCUGCCCACUAUAAGGAUCCGUCAAGCGGAAACGAACGCCACUGCUGACAUGGGUUUCUCGACUCUUCUGGCCUGUGAUCCUGAUGGAUUCCCUGAGCCUAUGGUGACCUGGGCACGGAACAAUGUUCCACUGGAGAGCGGAAACAAAUACAGCUUCAAUGAAGACGGCUCAGAGAUGACAGUACUAGAUGUGACAAAGCUGGACGAGGGAGAUUACACAUGCAUUGCUAAGAACAAAGCUGGGGAGAGCGAACAAGAACUUAGCCUUAAAGUCUUUGUACAACCCAAAAUCACAUACCUGGAAAGCCAGACUACCACAGAAAUGGACGAGCAGGUCACAUUAACAUGCGAAGCCACCGGAGACCCCACACCCACCAUUACAUGGAGCUUCGGCACCCGAGUCUUCACCGAAGGAGAGCAGGCCUCUUGGACACGGCCCGAACAGCACAAGGGUCCUGAUGGUGAAGUGAUGGUCCGCAGUGAUGCCCGCGUGUCGUCCCUCACCCUGAAGUAUCCUCAGUACACAGAUGCCGGACAGUAUCUCUGCACCGCCCGCAAUGCCAUUGGAGAAACAGUUCAACCCGUCAGUCUGGAAGUGCGCUACGCCCCGAAAAUCCUGGGCUCAGUAGCGGUGUACACGUGGGAGGGCAACCCGGCCAACAUCAGCUGUGAAGUGCUGGCUCACCCCAGCGAUGUGUCUAUUACGUGGCUGCGAGACGGCUUCCAGCUGCCCAACGCUAACACCUCCAAUAUCAAGAUCUACAACACGCCUUCCGCCAGCUACCUGGAGGUCAAUCCAGAGUCUCAGAGCGACUUUGGCAACUACAACUGCACUGCCUCCAACGAGAUCGGGACCGAAUCCAGAGAGUUCAUCAUGAUCCCAGCUGAUGUGCCCUCGGCGCCGUCCAUCGGUGAAGUGCAGCCAUACUCCAGCACGGCUCAGGUGCUUUUCGAAGAGCCCGAGUCCACUGGAGGAGUUCCUGUGCUCAAGUACCGAGCCGAGUGGAGAGCCGUAGGCCGAGGGAAAUGGGUGCAGCGAGUCUAUGAGGUGAAAGACGGACUGAGUUCAGUCACAGUCACCGGCCUUAAACCCGAAACCGAUUACGAAGUCAAGAUGUCUGCUAUCAACGGCAAGGGCGAAGGCGACAGCAGCCCGUCAAUGGUCUUCAAAACCGAGCAUGUUCGAGAGCCCAGUCCUCCUAUUCUAGAAGGAACUCUACAACCCAAAGGCAAUUCUCUCAAAGUCAAGUGGAUCAAACAAGAUGAUGGAGGCUCACCAAUCACCCAUUACCUGGUCAGAUACAAAUCUAGGGAAGACUCAGAGUGGAAACCCGAGAUCCGUUUGCCCAGCGGGAGCGAGUACGUAAUGCUGAUUGGUCUGGACUGGGACACCGAGUAUGACGUGUUUGUGGUGGCAGAGAACCAACAGGGCAAGUCCAAGCCUGGCACCCUGACCUUCAGGACCUCAUCAGAGCCCGCAGCCACCACAGACUUAAUGGAGGACGGGACGGGCCUGAACACUGGUGUUAUUGUUGGUAUUCUUAUCCUGGUGUGUGUGCUGCUCUUGCUGAUCGUGGACGCCACCUGCUGCUUCCUCAACAAGUGUGGCAUCCUCAUGUGCAUCUGCGGUAAAACCGAGCAAAGCACCAAAGACAAGGACAUGGAGACCGGCAAAGCUGCCUAUGUUCAAGACAUGUCUAAAGAUCCCAUUGUGGAAGUAAGGACUGAAGAAGAGGCCACAGCCAAUCAUGACGCAGAAGGACAUCUUGAGCCCAAUGAGACCACGCCACUGACUGAACCAGAGCAAGUGACGGAAACUGCCGCCGCGGUGGUGGACUUGCCUCUUUCCGUGCCCACUAACUCAGACACAAUCACUGACACCUUUGACCUUAGCCAGAGCAGCCCGGUUAGCGAAAGCACGACCCUCACCUCCAGCAUCACAGCACCUCCCUCUGACCCUAUUAACCCCGUCCACAUGACACCCCCCGACAGCAGCACACCCAAAACUCACAGCAGACCCUCCAUCUCGUCCUCCGACCCGGCUAAUGUUACUCUACUGGUAGAUCUGGCUGAGGUUGCUCCAGCCGUCCCAUCAGAAGAACCAGUCCAAGUUCCUCCUCCCCCUACCAGUGUUGAUCAUCCCGAUGCUAUAAUCUUAAAAGUCACCGAAAACGAGUCUGUUCAGAGUCCGUCUCAUGUCGCUUUAAAUCCCAUCAGCCCACAGGGCGACAUCGCAGUCCCAUUAGUGAAUCAUGAACUUGAGAUUGAUGGAGAGCUCCCACUGGCUCCAGACACAGAUGUCCCGCAGGAUGGGUCACAUGCUGGGGGUACAGCUGGCUCCAGUGGCCCAUCUGCUCCAGCACAGGACGAGAAAAUUCUGGAUGACGAAAAUGCAGAGCUGAAGAAAGUGGCACCUGAUGCAGGAUUUGAACCCAACGCCCUCACGCAAACAAACAUUGAAAGUAAAGCAUGAAACCAACGACGGAGAAGAAAAAGUGUCAUGAUGACCAUGAACGUGUUUGGUAAUCAGUGCCCUUAAAGAUUUUUCUCAAUGAAACGGUGUAUAUUCUAUACAGAAGUCUCAUUUAUAAUGUGCAUUUUCCUUUUAUUUUGGAGUAAAGAUUCGAGUAAACUUCCAGAAGCUUCUAUUUGAGGAGUUCAAUCAAAUUCAUUUAAAACAAAGAUGCUCUUGUAGAAACUCUUGUGUGUUUUUGUAUUUUAUUUUUUCUUUUCCAUUGAUGAUCCAACAGGGCAAGCUAUUCAGGAGAAUUAUAUAUUCAGUAAUACGUUUUAUUCGCAUAGUACAUUGGUAAAAUGUAAAUGAUUUCUGCUAUUUUUUUAUCUUGAGUGUUUGAGGGCUAGGUUUGGUUUGUAUUUUAUUAUAUUUUAUCAUUAUGUUUUAUUUACACAUAACUGUUUUGCCUCUUGGAUGAUAUACUACUCAUAAUGGCAGUUAUGUAAACACAAAAAUAUCCUAAGAUAUUUUAACAUACUGUUAUGACCAAGGAUCCGAUAAAGAUUUCAAAUUAGCCUUUUGAUUGGUUGAAGUCUUUAUUAGAUCAGUUUUUACAGUUAUCGUGUAUUUCUAAUAUUUGAGAUUUGUACUUUAAAUCAUUCAUCCAACGUGCUCCUAAAGCAUCGACCUAAACUAAAGUAUCUGCUCAUUUUUUUAUACCUCUGGAGAAACGUUUCUCACUCUCACCUGCAAGCUUGUGCACUGGGAUUGUUAUUGAACAUUUUUUGUGGUCUUUUUUUUCCUUCAAGAAAAUUGGCAUAGCUUUGCAGUAACCUCUCAUUGUCCUUUUAUAACAUGCCGUAUGUAUACAGUCCCAUUUGAAACCGGACUGAAAGGACACUGUUGAGAUUUUUUCUGCCAUCACAUUGCAUGACUGUCUGCUUGCCCAUCUGAUGUUAAACAAGACUGGCCUGAACUGUGAGACCGCACUUUGGUCAAUUCAUAGUGGAAUAGUUGUAAAAAUGUUUUCAUGAUUUCUACACUUUCUAUAAUAUUUCGGAGAUGAAUGAAAGAAAGAAAAAUGUUUGCCCAUUGUUCACAAGUUGUUCAGUUAUUCACUGCCAGUUUGUCCCAAAAAUGUAAAUCUUUUCAUGUGAAUGGGAAUUUGACCCAUGAGAUAGCAGUACAAUGGGUGAGCUUAAUGAUGACAAGCAAAGAACAUGUUGUUAAUUGUGUUGUUCUAACACGUUUUAAUUAAACUCAUUAAAACAUGAACGAUUCUUUUAA